ACGAGUUCUACUUCCUGAUCACGCUGUCAUAUGACUCCGUCUGUUCAUCCGCUCUCCGCGUAGAUCUGUUUACACAUAGACAGUUUAGUUUAAUUAAGAAAAAUAACAAUAAUGUCUACAUUAGUAGCUAAUCGACCCGUGGAUCUGAACGGCCCUGAAGCAGCGGCUCGCCAGCACGCGCAAGCCGUAGUCAGAAACUACAUCUCCCAGCCCAGACUGACCUACUCUACUGUGUCUGGUGUAAAUGGGCCACUGGUUAUCUUGGACAAUGUCAAAUUCCCACGUUAUGCUGAGAUUGUGCACCUCACCUUACCUGAUGGGACCAAGAGGAGUGGGCAGGUUCUGGAGGUCGUGGGCACCAAAGCUGUCGUCCAGGUGUUUGAAGGAACCUCAGGUAUCGAUGCUAAGAAGACCGCAUGUGAAUUCACUGGUGACAUCUUGCGCACACCUGUGUCUGAGGAUAUGCUUGGACGUGUUUUCAACGGGUCGGGUAAACCCAUUGACCGGGGUCCUACUGUUUUGGCUGAGGACUAUUUGGACAUCAUGGGUCAGCCCAUCAACCCUCAGUGUCGUAUCUACCCUGAGGAAAUGAUUCAGACUGGCAUCUCUGCUAUUGAUGGCAUGAACAGUAUUGCCCGUGGGCAGAAGAUCCCCAUCUUUAGUGCUGCUGGACUACCACAUAAUGAGAUUGCUGCCCAGAUCUGUCGCCAGGCUGGUUUGGUUCAGAAAUCCAAAGAUGUGAUGGACUACACUUCAGAAAACUUUGCCAUCGUCUUUGCUGCUAUGGGGGUCAACAUGGAGACGGCACGCUUCUUCAAGUCAGACUUUGAGGAGAACGGUUCUAUGGACAAUGUGUGCUUGUUCCUGAACCUGGCCAAUGAUCCUACCAUUGAACGCAUCAUCACCCCGCGUCUGGCUUUGACCACAGCGGAGUAUCUGGCUUAUCAGUGUGAGAAGCAUGUGUUGGUCAUCCUCACGGACAUGAGCUCCUAUGCAGAGGCUCUGAGAGAGGUGUCUGCUGCUCGUGAAGAGGUGCCGGGUCGUCGUGGUUUCCCAGGUUACAUGUACACUGAUCUUGCUACAAUCUAUGAGCGUGCUGGAAGAGUGGAGGGCAGAAAUGGAUCAAUCACCCAGAUUCCCAUUCUAACCAUGCCUAAUGAUGAUAUCACCCAUCCGAUCCCUGAUUUGACUGGUUACAUCACAGAGGGGCAGGUGUAUGUAGACAGACAACUGCAUAACAGACAGAUCUAUCCUCCCAUCAAUGUACUGCCAUCUCUCUCUCGAUUGAUGAAAUCUGCUAUCGGAGAGGGCAUGACCCGCAAAGAUCACGCUGAUGUCUCUAACCAGCUGUAUGCAUGUUAUGCCAUUGGUAAAGAUGUUCAGGCCAUGAAGGCUGUGGUUGGUGAGGAAGCUUUGACCUCAGAUGACCUGCUGUACCUGGAGUUCUUGCAGAAGUUUGAAAAGAAUUUCAUUGCUCAAGGUCCGUAUGACAACAGAACUGUAUUCGAGACACUGGAUAUUGGUUGGCAGCUGCUCCGAAUCUUCCCCAAAGAAAUGCUGAAGAGAAUUCCUCAGAGCACACUGGCCGAGUUCUACCCGAGAGAGUCCGCUGCCCGCCACUGAGCCUCCUAAGACCACUACACCUUUUGGAGGCCUGGGCUAAACAAAUCUCCCACAAAACAAAUCUCAACCCUUGUGUCCACCUUUAGCCUGACAAGUGAUAUUUAGGAUUACAAGGCAUAACUCUGGGAUAAUACACAUUUAUCAUGCAUUAAAUUAUUUCAUAAACAUGCAUGUUGUCAUCUCAUGUGUUAUGACCUCCAGAGAUUAUUCCAGUGUCCCCCAUUGUUGUGUUAUACAUGUUUGUGUGUACUGUAUCAUGUUGAUAGGAUGUGUAAUUGUGCUGGAGAUGCAUACUGUCCUGUAGUUCAUUUCUUUUCUUUUUGUGUAAGCUUUUUCACUGUCUGAAGCCUAAAGAGAAUAUUACAAAACAUUUGCGCUCAAAGGGAAAUAUUCAGGGCUCACUUGCACAUUUGUCCACAUUUGUCCUCACUUGCACAUCACGUCCUCCAUUAAUCACUAUAACAAACGUAAAAAAUAACGUUUCCAAACAUUCCAAUGUAAGUAAUGAGAAUAUUUGAUUUACAAAUUCAUUUAUGGCCCUUAUUCCCUUGGAAAUAUUUGCUUUUAUUUAUUUUAAUAUAAAAAAAAACACAUUUAAAUUAAUACUUGCAAACCAAACUUAGUUUCUGUUAUGCUGUUAGACAGGUGAUUAUAGGUGUUGAAUGAUCAUAUACGUAGUGUGUGUGCUUGUCACCUGACAGCUGUUAUUUCCCUUUUAGAGGAGGAAUGGAGGAUGUUUACAGCAUCUGUGCUUUGAAAUAUGCUCUGCAAUGUAAGACUGAUUAAACAUUCCCCUCUUACUCUGUAUGUGUAAAUGUGUUUUACCUGUUUUGUUUGCUGUUUAAACCUGUCAAACCUCUCAGAUGAAUUAAAUUAUAUUGUUAUAUGGUGA